CCCGUGCCCGCCGGCCUGGCGCUCAUCUGCGUUUCUAACGCGCCCUCCAGCCGCACCCCGUCCCGGCCAUGAGUGACCUGCAGGAAGAAGGCAGACAUGCCAUCAAUUCGCCGAUGUCCCCCGCCUCGGCAGAUGUCCACCCCGAAGACACCCUGCUAGAGGAGAACGAGGAGCGCACGAUGAUCGACCCCACCUCCAAGGAUGACCCCAAAUUCAAGGAGCUGGUCAAGGUUCUCAUUGACUGGAUCAACGAUGUACUGGUGGAGGAGAGAAUCAUCGUGAAGCAGCUGGAGGAGGACCUUUACGACGGCCAGGUGCUGCAGAAGCUCUUGGAAAAACUGGCGGGCUGCAAGCUGAAUGUGGCUGAGGUGACACAGUCCGAGAUCGGGCAGAAGCAGAAGCUGCAGACGGUGCUGGAAGCCGUGCAUGGCCUACUGCGGCCCCACGGCUGGGCGCUCCAGUGGACCGUUGACUCAAUUCACGGGAAGAACCUGGUGGCCAUCCUCCACCUCCUCGUGUCCCUGGCCAUGCACUUCCGGGCCCCGAUCCGCCUCCCCGAGCAUGUGUCCGUGCAGGUGGUUGUUGCGCGGAAGCGGGAAGGCCUGCUGCAUUCCAGCCACGUCACGGAGGAGCUGACCACAACAACGGAGAUGAUGAUGGGUCGCUUCGAGCGGGACGCCUUCGACACCCUCUUCGACCACGCCCCGGACAAGCUCAGCGUGGUGAAGAAGUCUCUCAUCACGUUUGUGAACAAGCACCUGAACAAGCUGAACUUGGAGGUGACGGAACUGGAGACCCAGUUUGCAGAUGGCGUCUACCUGGUUCUGCUCAUGGGCCUUCUGGAGGACUACUUCGUGCCCCUGCACAACUUCUACCUGACCCCAGACAGCUUCGACCAGAAGGUCCACAACGUGGCGUUUGCCUUUGAGCUGAUGCUGGACGGAGGGCUCAAGACACCCAAGGCUCGCCCUGAAGAUGUGGUGAACCUGGAUCUCAAAUCCACCCUGAGGGUUCUUUACAACCUUUUCACCAAGUACAAGCACCUGGAGUGAGAGCAGCGAGCAGCGGAGACCCUGCAGGGCCGGGAGGCCUGCCAGCCUUGUUCCCCACCCCACCCCUCCCCCACGCCAACCAGCCUCUUCGGGUUAUUGCUUUUAAGCUCCCCUGUGUAUCCCGCAGUGGGCAGGAUCCUUUGAAAGGCAGGAUUCUGCACCCCAGUGCUGGCAUCUGGCCCCACAAGUGCUGAGACACGUGUCGGCCCUGAUCCCCCCCACCCCUCAGCCUGUGGGGGGGCGCCCUGCAAGCCUUUCCAUGGAGCAGUUAACGACCACGGCCAUGGGUGAUCAGAACAGCACCCACAGCUCUGAGGAGCCGUAAGUCAGCCUGACUGUGGCGGGGAAUCUCCUUGGAAGCGAGGCCUUUUUAGUAAAAAGCGUUUUGUAGCUUUAAAAACUUCCCUCUAAAGUCCCAGGGGCUUUUGAUGGGACAGGAGGGCCCGCCCCACAUUCUGCUGCUUGACCAGCCAGUGUUUCUCCUUUACCUUUUGCACAAACAUCUAAGACCCGGGUGACCCUCAGCUGCCACCGUGCAGGAGGCAGGAUUCGCUGAAGCGAUUUCUGAUUUUUUUUUUUUUUGGUGACGGCCAAGUGGGCUAGGUCGGGAGCCGGAUCUAAAGUGUUGCUUGAUACAUCUCAGAGGCCCUGUUUGGGAAUAGAUGCAUUUUUAAAAUUUUAUAAAAAGCAGGGUCUCUCAGUUUGCAGGGGCCGCCGUUUAUAAGGGGCCACAGGCGGGGACUUAGACAACAGGAACUGAUGGUCCCCCAGCUCCGGAGGCCAGAAAUCCAGCAUCAAGGCAGAGCUGGCUCCUCCUGAGGCCCCUCUCCCGGCUUGCAGAUGGCCUCCCUUCCCCAUGGCCUCACGUGGCCCUCCCUCUGUACCCGUCUGCGUCCUAACUUCCUCUUACAAGGACACCUGUCAUAAUGGAUGAGGGCCACUCUUGUGACCUCUUUGUAACAUACCGACCUCUGUAAAGACCCCAUCUCCAAAUACAGGGACAUUCUGAGGUACUUGGGCUUAGGGCUUCAACAUAUGGAUUCUGCGGGACACAGUUCAGGCCUGAUUGGGGGAAUAUGACGUCUUUACCCCCCUCCUCCCCAGUGUGGCUUUCAACCCUGCUGGCAUCCCCUGCUGGGCACCCCUGAAAGGAAUGCUAUUCGCCCCCUCCCCCGCUCACUUUGGCUCAAGAGAGAAACGGGGCGGCGGGGGGGGGGGGGCUGCCCUGUGUCACCCCCCCACACACACGGCAGCCUCUUUCCUGGGCUCUCAGCUCUCAGGACAGGCCUUUCUCAUCUCCGAUUUUCACCUUCCUGCUGUUGAUCGGAGCGGUCGUGCUGGUUGUUAAUAUUAAAUCGGACGCCGGCACUCACGACUCAGGAAACGCUGAUUCCCCUGUCCCCUGUCUCAGCUCUGCCGCUGCGACUCUGAUGGAGGUGGUUUCCCAGCAGGGGACAGAAAUAAUUUAACAGUAUUACAGUGUCUCCUGCGGGACGCGGCGACAUUAAAGGGCCACACUGACAGAAGAACCAAGGCUGGAACAUUCUGUGCCGACUUCAUUACGUGCGUAGGUUCCCUGCCGGCCGCUGGAGCUGCAGAGGCCGGUCACCCGGCUUUCACAGGCGGGCCUGGCCAGGCUGUGCCCAUCCCCAGGGGUCCCAGGGGCUGAAGGAUGGGGGGCUGACAUUUGGAGAGAAUGCAGCCUCGGGGUUUUCAGCGCAGGUGGGCAGCUCCGGCGGGCUCCGCGCCUAGAAAGGGAGGCAGUGGUCCUGGGGGGGCGGGGAGUGCAUGCGCUUCAAGCCCUCUGAGUUUCUGGUGAAAGGGGUCCCUAGAUAUGGGCCAACUGUGUCACGGUGCUGACCCUCUAAGGCCAAGGUUCCAGCAGAGCAGGUGAUCUGUCAUCCAAACUGGCUUUAUUCAAGUUGGUUCCCUGCACUGAAUGCAUCUCCUUCCCUCCCUUCACUGUCUGCUCUGAAUCAGAGUUCAACGAGAGGCCUGGGCAUCUGCGUGGGGGGCGCAGUCGUGAGGCAGAGAGCAGGGUGAACUCUGGGGGCGGCCUCUUCUCCUGUGAUCAGCCCUCCUGGCUUAGCGACCAUAGCUGUGCGUUUCAGGUCUGCGAUGCUGGGACGUCUUCUUGGGGUAACUUGCUCAGCAGAAGCCACUUCCCUUAAUCUCGGAAAGUUCUAGAACCCUUCCUCCUCCAUUGACCCACCUUUUCAGUGCAUUGUUUUUUGGUCAGGGGGGGGACCCUCUAUAGGAACUAAGUGAAAGCGAGAUCAUUUGCACCCGAGUGGCACUGGCUCAGGGUCUGCAGGGCCCGAGCGAGGGCCCAGGCAGGGGCCGUGAGAUGGUCCCCUUUUAUCCUCCUUGGAGCGGCUGUUGGAGGCCCCUGCUGGCCUUGGGGAGGCUGCCUGCAGCUGGGCUUCCCCCGUGACAACCACAGGGUCUUAUGCACGCAGAGCCCUAAUGUCCUAAUUGGAUGUGACAAAGAGCUGUGUUUUAAAGGAACUGAAUGCUUUUUUCACCCCCUUUUGCGGGCCCGUGUUUCAUUGUCUUUUUAGCUGUUUUAAGCAGUGGCGCCUUUGGAUGUCUGGAUAUCGAAUAAAAGCCGCUAAACCCCUGGCGUGUUGCCAAUGCCGUCCGCCUGGCCGGCAGCGGGAAGCCGUGGCUGCUCGGGUCUGCCGUGGGCCCUGCCGUGAACCUGACCUCCUGGGAGCCAGAGCCUCGGUUAGGAAAGUGCUGUGCGCUGUGAACGGUGCGCUGUUACUUAUUCCAGUAAAGACCUCGAGAGCGCGGG